AUGCUAAAGCUCGGGUAUGGGGCAUUUGCUACAGUUUGGCUGGCUCGCGACCUUGUUGAGAAACGCUAUGUUGCUGUCAAAGUCGGACUUGGAUCAGAUACACCCCAUGUGAGCAGAGAAACCGAGACUCUGUCCCAGCUUUGUAAAACUGGAGCAGUAAAAUAUGGCUGCCAAAGAGUUCUUAAGCUCUUUGACACAUUAAUUAUUGAAGGUCCAAAUGGAUUCCACGAGUGUUUGGUGACCGAAGUGGUCUCUCCACUCAAUGAUCCAGGUGUUAGGCAAUAUUGUUCAUUUGAAGCAGUACGCCAAAUUGUAGAAGGGUUUGCGUUCCUUCAUGAGGAAGGCAUAGUACACGGAGAUCCACACAUCGCCAACUUUGGGAUUGCCCUCCCCCAGCUGCAGCAAUUCAAGGAAGACGAUAUUACGGAAUACUUUGCUAAUCCUGAAAUCGUUCCAGUCGUUCCACGCGAUCCAGCAUUCCCACUGAACGCAGUACCCCCUUAUAUUGUGCCAUCCGUAUCAAUCGCAGACUUUCUAACAAGAAGGAAGGCCUUCCCCGCCGCCUCGGUCAUGUCUAUCAAGAUUCUGGACUUUGGAAGAGGCGCCGCCCCUAUAGCGAUUCGGCCCCCAGAAUUUAUGCUUCAGGAGCUGUGCCAUGGCAGAAUCGGCUCUACUUGGAGCCAGGCGGCUGACAUUUGGGCCGUCGGAUGUACGUUGUACCAUGUCCAAUUCGGCCACGAGCUUUCUUCGACAUGGGGUUCUCUGAAAGACAUUUUUUUUCGUGCCAUUCGAUUUGGUGGACCUGCCCCAGAAACUUGGCUCAAAGCUUGGACCACGCAAGAUGGGCAAUCUGAAAAUUCGCGCUUCUAUGGCCGAGGCAAGAUUUGGGAGGCGAAUCGCAAGCCGUCUGGGUUUCCACAGGAUGAGGAAAGCUCGGAUUUCCUCAACCUCAUCAAGAAAAUGAUUGUGACAAACCCUGACGAACGGAGCCUGAUGGCGGUGCUGUUGACCGACCCAUUCAUGAGAGCAGCAAGGAGGAAGGAAGAUGAGAGCAUAUAG